AUGGUAGUCAUUGACCAGACAGUCUGCAAUACCCCCAACAUCAAUGUGAUUCACCGUGGCCCCGUUAUCCCGAUUCGCCCGCGUCUUCAGCUGGAUUUGCGCCAACCUGACUCCGCCAAUCCUGUCCGUAUUGCCUGUCAUCGAGGGGAUUGGCGGAAUUACGUCGAGAAUACGCUGGAGGCGGUGGAGAGCUGCAUUGCCAUGGGGGCCGACAUUGUCGAGAUUGAUGUUAGGCGCACGAAGGAUGGGCAUCUCAUUGUUAUGCAUGACGAGACGCUUGAUCGCACAAGCAAUGGAAAAGGCCGCAUCUGUGAUCACACCUUGGAGGAAAUUCGCGCUCUACGCCUGAAAGACGGGUUGGGGAAUAUCACGGACUUCACCAUUCCGACCGUCGAGGAGGUGCUACUGCUCGCCAAGGAUCGUAUCAUCGUCAAUCUGGACAAAGCGGAUGUAUGCCUCGGUGAGGUGUACCAGCUGCUGGAAAAAACGGGGAUGGUAUCGCAGACCAUUCUUAAAUCUGAGUCUACCUACGAAAAGAUGAUUGAGAAGUGGGGCGAUCUGAUGGAAAAGGUCGUCUUCAUGCCAGUCUUCAACCUGAGCAAGAAAACAAAGCCGGAGGAUUUGCGGAGCCUCUUCGCGCCACAUCACCAGUUGUACGAAAUCAACUUCGAAGAAGAAGACCUGGAGAAACUUCUCCUCAUCAAGAAGCUGGCCACACAGACGGGUGGAUCCCUUUGGAUCAACACAAUUUGGCCCACCACCUGUGGUGGCCACAACGACGAUCGCGCCCUCAAAGACCAAGACGCGACGUGGGGCUUUGUCAUCGAUGUCCUCGGUGCCGGCGUCCUGCAGACGGAUCGACCGCAGAUGAUGUUGAAGUACCUCGAGAGCCGCGGCGAUCAUUGA